GGUAGUCAAAGUCAGAGAUUAAGAGGGUGGGUAGGUCACUUCAUUUCUUUAGCACCAAUUACUGACAAAAUUUUCUCUUUCCAUUUUUGUUUCAAUGACUUUCACUGCACAUUCCUCAUUUUACUCUUUUCGCGUUCUCGACUCUCUUCUUCUUUUCCCACCAUCUCUUCCUUUCCUUUCUCUAUAUUUCUUCAUAACAGAACACCAUUCAUCACUCAUCAUAUCUAUAUUAAUCAGUCUCACAGCAAAGAAAUGGUGGGCUGCGGGAUAUACAUAAAGAAGGAAAGAGAUUGGGUUAGAAGCCUUGUGGAAAGCGAGUUCUUUGGGGUUUGUGUUGAACAUCAAAACCUGAGAAAAAAUGAGAAAAACGUGUUUUGCAUCCAUUGUAGUAUUGGGUUUUGCAGGCAUUGUAAGGCUCACACUCACCAUCCCUCCUUUCAGAUCUGCAAAUAUGUCUAUCAAGAUGUUGUUCGUCUUCAAGAAAUCCACAAACUUCUCGACUGUUCGAAAAUUCAGACAUACAAAAUCAAUGGUGAGAAAGCUGUACAUUUGAAUCCUCGGCCUCAAGGUAAAGAUGCCAAGCCAUGUACAAAAUCAAAAACUGGUGCUGCUUGUGAAAUUUGUGGAAGAUACCUUCAAGACCCUCCUAAUCGUUUUUGUUCCAUUGCAUGCAAGGUAACGGCAGUUGAUUUGAAGCCUAAAGACCCAAGUCAUAAACUGGAGUUGCCAAUACAAGAGCUUACAGAUAAACUUGCCUGCAAAUACAGUCAAAAUGCAGAAACAAACUCGGAAGAAAAGCAAUCCACCAUCUCGUCAACCGAUGUUUCGGAGGAGAUGAAACCAUGUUUAAGCACAAGUUUAAAGCCUAGGAAACGAAUGACCAAAAGAAAAGGCAUUGCCCAUAGAUCUCCUCUCACUUGAUACUAACAGCAGAAAUCCAUAGCUAUAUAACAGUUGAUAUAUAGGUAGAAUUUCAACUGCAUUUUUAAAUUAUUCCUCCUCCGAUAUUGUACAGUAUAGGAUAGAAAAUGGAUGAAAUGUUAGAUUGUGAAGCAUUAUUUUAAGUUCCAUUUUGAAUAUUUUUAUGUACCACUUUUUAACAGAUCUUGUUUUUAUGUUUUUUUUUUAAAUCCCAAACACGAUUUAAUUAUCUUAGACAUGUUUUAAUUAGUGUUAUAUAUUAAGCAUGGGUUGUAAUGGACCAACUGCUGGUCUGGAUCUUUGUCGGUAUAA